UUGGUACAGCUCGCGAAAGUCGACCUCUGCUCUGGCAACAGGGGCGCAAACAUUGCUGCUUGCAGCGCUUGAGCUUCAACUUCAAGGAGACCUCAGACAACCAAGGCCUGAAGACAGCACUGGUGACAAGGAGGUGACAGCGACCUCACCGCAAUUGGUGCAGAAACCACGGGACAGAGUCCUCGAAAAGGACGCAGCAAAGUAGACUUAAAGCAGGGCACUGAGUAUCUUAAAAAGGGUGUCGGUAAUUGGUUUCCUGGUGAAGCUCUUUCUCUUUCCGCUUGCGGUGUGCCCUACAUAGUUUUUCAACAGAAGUGCUGUCCCUGCCGCUCCCUUAAGCUGCUCAGUCAACUUGACUCGUAACUGGGGUGUCCAUUUUACAGCACAAAUGCAUCCUUCCAAGCCUCACCUAGCAGUCCUCUCCUUUCUCGCCUGCGGCUUCCUUCUCACUGCCGCAAAGCCUUUGAGCUCUGACAUACCGGACCGCACUGACAUCAGCGAUGAGGUCAUAAGGGGAAAUGGGUUGUCGCGGGGCAAUGCGCUUGAUGCAACGGUGGUGGUUGACACAUUUCAGACGGGCGUGAAUGUGCCCAAGACGCUGUUUGGGGUUUUCUUCGAGGAGAUCAACCAUGCUGGAGUUGGUGGCCUGGACCCAGAGCUAGUCAGCAACAGAGGUUUCGAGGCCGGUGGGCAGUACACUCCGUCCUCGAUCGAGCCCUGGCGUCCGAUUGGGUCCGAACCGGACCUGUGGCUGGAAACCCAAAAGGCGUCCGUUUUCGAAGGGAACCCGAUUGCGCUCAAGUUUGAGGCGCGGGGCGCGGGAGACGAGAACGGGCAGCUGAAGCAGGCAUUGGGGUUCUCUAACCCGGGUUACUGGGGGAUGAACAUUGAGGCUGGCGAGGAGUACAACGUCACCAUGUGGCUCAAGUCGGAGGGAUCCCUCAACCUGACGGUCGCGUUCCUGUCGCAAAACGGGCAGUGGGUGCUCGGAGAGGGCCACAUUGUCGAGUUCGCGGAGAAUGCUGCCACGUGGCAGCAGCGGCACGUGACCAUCCGGGCGUCCUCGACGGACCACAAGGGCCAGCUCGCGAUCACGACGCGGCAGCCGAGCACCAUCUGGUUCGACCAGAUCUCGGCCAAGCCAGUGAAGACGUUCAAGGGCCACGGGAUGCGCGUCGACCUCGCCGAGAAGCUGCUGUCAAUGAAGCCCGGCUUCAUCCGCUUUCCUGGUGGCUGUUACGUCGAAGGCGUCCGUCUCCUCAACGCGUUCCGCUGGCGCCAGUCCGUCGGUCGGUGGGAGAACCGCCCCGGUCACCUUAACGACGUCUGGGGUUACUGGUCCGACGACGGUUUGGGUCUCUUCGAAUACUUGCAACUCGCGGAGGAUAUCGACGCUGCGCCAGUGUGGGUGUUCAACAACGGCCUGAGCCACACCUCGGAGCUUGACACCAAGACGAUCGGGCCGUUCAUCAAGGACGUUUUGGACGGCAUCGAGUUUGCGCGCGGCCCGGCCGACAGCGAGUGGGGCUCGCUGCGCGCGGAGAUGGGCCACCCGGAGCCUUUCGAUCUGGAGUACAUGGCCAUUGGGAACGAGGACUGCGGGAAGCGCCACUACGAAGGCAACUACCUGCGGUUCUACCAGGCAAUCAAGGCGCGCUACCCGUUCAUGAAGCUCAUCUCCAAUUGCGACGCAACUAACAUGCCGCUCGUCAACCCCGCCGACCUUUUUGAUUACCACAUUUACACCUCCGCCGCCGCUCUCUUCGCACUGUCCAACAAGUUCGACGGGUAUGACCGGAGCGGGCCUAAGGUAUUCGCCAGCGAAUACGCUGUGGUAGGCCAGGACGCCGGCACUGGGAGCCUGCUUGCUGCGGUUUCCGAGGCGGGCUUCAUGGUUGGACUCGAGAGGAACAGUGACGUCAUCGAGAUGGCGAGCUACGCGCCGCUGUUCGUGAACACGCACGACCGGACGUGGAACCCCGACGCGAUUGUGUUCAACUCGUGGCAGAGCUACGGGACGCCCAGCUACUGGGUGCAGACGAUGUUCAACAGCAGCGGCGGCAGCCUGCUCAUCCCCGCGCUGGUGCAAGGCGUCCAGGGCGCGACUGCAAACACUCUGGUUGCGUCAGCAACCAAGCGGGUUGACGUCAACCAGGAGCGGUACAUCGUGAAGGCCGUCAACUUCGGCGGUCCGAUGAACGUCCAGAUUCAGCUGAGCGGACUGUCCGAAGACGCGCUCGGUCCGGAGGUGACCGUUACCACGCUGACAGGUGGCAGCAUCUGGGACGAAAACUCGUUUAGCGAGCCGGAGAAGGUGGUGCCUGUGAAGAGCCGAGUGCCUCUGGCCGGCAACGACCUCCUCGUAUGGCUUCCCCCAAUGUCUGUGAACCUUUUCGAGUUCCCAUUGGCGGUUGCAGAGGCGCGAACAGAAGUCCACGUGGAGGUUCAGACGGAAGAACACGUGGAGGCUAGCUUCGAGAAGAUUGCUGUCGUUUGAGUGUAUUUUAGUACGACGAGGUUUGGAGACCUGUACCGUAGUCUUGGUGUAUGAUAGGGGCGAUUGGUUGGUAAAGGCUUGUGCGCGAUUGACCGUGAGGUUGUACCCAAGUUCCGAGGGGCUAUGUUUGCACCAGGUAACGAGGAUUUCGCAAGUAAGCGGGGCAAGACAGGGCUUCAAAGAAGGAAGGGUAAUUGACUUGUGAUACAUUGCGUUAGGGACGAUGACUUUGGCUCGUGCUGCGUUCCCGUCGUAUCAUAGCCUUGUCGAGGGGAUACAAGGGUUCUGCUUCGUAAGACAGAUUAGCUUUAGAGCUUUCUCAAGAGCUUACGCUGUAGAAACGCUGACCCUGGGCGGCGCAACAAGAGGUACAAUUGACCGUCACAGCGCGGCCGCGCCCUAAGCUUGGACAUCUAACACACUUUUCGACAAUCAUUGAACGUAUCAUUAAACAUAUAUGAAGUCC